CCUCCCUCGUCUCUUGCCGCCUCGUAAAAAGGUCUCGUUCUCCGGAGACGAGAGACAGCGAGUUCGUAGUCGAAACCCUAUUCCCAGUCGUAUCGAGAUCGGAUCGCGUACGGUAUAGUUCUCCCCUCGAUCCCCUCCUCUUCUCCAUGAAGAAGGUGACGAUUCAGGUCCCCGAGGAUCUGGCGGUAGGUUAGGCCGGAGGAGGAAGGAUGGGGGAUUUCAACCUGGCUCUGGUGAUCGUGGCGGUGGUGGUGUGCGUGCUGGUUCUCCUCGUCAAUGUCUACCUCCUCGUCAAUUACCAGCACCCGGACGAUGUCAACCAGGCCUACUUCCCGAAGCUGGUGGUGGUUCUUGGUCUCUCGGUUGCCGCCAUCUCCAUUUUGAUGCUUCCGGCGGACGUUGCCAAUCGCCAGGCUUGUCAGCACGCUAUAUACAGUGGCGCUUGCACUCUCACCCUCCCCAUGAAAGACCUUUGGCUGGCCGUAUACGUCGCCGAUGCCGUCCUUGUGUUCUUGGUCAUACCGUUCGCUAUGUUCUACUACGAGGGCGACCAGGACAAGAGUAUUGGGAAGAGGUUGAAGAGUGCUCUAUUGUGGGUUCUGACAUCGGCUGUUGUCUGUGGACUUGUGCUUGGGAUUCUUUAUGGACUAGUUGGUAAAGUGGACUUUACAGUUAGGCACCUCUCUUCUUCUGCUACAAGUUUCCCCAGUUCUUGGUCAACAUUCUCAAGUUCUCAACCUUGCAUAGGGUCAACGAAUCAUCUGUGUGAUGCAUAUGGAGCACCCGCUUCUUCUGAAACAACCUGGACAAUGCAAACCACCUUUCCAGAAUAUGUGGUUGCACUUGCAACAAUUGUUGGAUCAGUGCUUUUUACUAUAUUUGGUGGUGUGGGGAUUGCUUGCCUUCCACUGGGCCUCAUUUUUUCAUUCAUACAGCGCCCCAAGGCUGUCAUAACUCGGUCACAAUAUAUCAAGGAAGCCACUGAACUGGGAAAAAAGGCUGGAGGAUUGAAGAAAGCUAUUGAAGCUCUUCACCAGGAGGAGAGAAGUGGUUCUAAGGGGAGAAAAUGGCGCAAAAAUGUGAAGGCUGCUGAAAAGGAGUUGCUUCUUUUGGAAGAUGAUAUGAAAGCUUUAGAAGAAAUGUAUCCACAAGGAGAGAAGGCUGAGACUCUGUGGGCUCUAACUGUUCUUGGCUACUUGGGAAAGUUUGUAUUAGGCAUCAUUGGGUUGAUUGUUUCGGUGGCCUGGGUUGCACAUAUUAUUAUAUACUUGCUUAUCAGCCCACCUCUUUCUCCUUUCUUAAAUGAAGUUUUCAUCAAGUUGGAUAACGUGUGGGGUCUGUUAGGGACUGCAGCAUUUGCAUUUUUCUGUUUCUAUCUACUCCUUGCAGUGAUUGCUGGGGAGAUGAUGCUUGGAUUGAAGUUGGUUUUUAUUACUAUCCAUCCAAUGAAGUGGGGAGGGACUCUUAUGAACUCCUUUCUCUUUAAUGUGGGGCUCAUCCUGCUUUGCUCCAUCAGUGUGAUUCAGUUCUGCGCCACAGCUUUUGCUUACUAUUCACAAGCAACUGCCGCACAAGAAAUUUUUGGCCACACGCUGCAAUCUCUACGUGGAAUCAAAUAUCUAUACAAGUAUAAUGUGUUUCAAUAUGGUUUUGUUAUUCUGGCAAUUAUCACACUCUUCUGCUAUGCCGCAUUUGGAUGGAAAAAGAGAAAACCAAGUGGCAGCUUCCAACUAUCAAGUUGAUCUCUGUUGCUUGAGACCUUUACGGUUAUAAGUUGGAUGGUUACAUGUAUGAUCUUAUACUGGAGGUGACCAUUUGAUGAUGGUUGAUGUAAAAAAUAGCCAAAGUAGGUUUUUGAUUGACUUCAGAUCCAGCCUUGUCGCCUGUUGGUCUCACAUCGUUGGCAUAUCUUUUGGAAAAACGAAUCCUGUACUUAAAUUCUCUGUAUGAUCUCGUAGUUAUCAGUCAGAAUAUGCAUCUUGGUGCUGCUAGAGUUAAAUGUAUAAUCGUUAGUUGUAUAUGGCAACUGCAGAGUAGAAUUUAACCAUGUUUUAUUUGUCUUGUCUUCCUUGUGGUAGGAGAUUGUUCAGUCAGGUCAACUUCAUCGAAUUCCCUGAAUCACGGUCGGAUGGGUUGGAUGCGUGUGCAAGCCUUGGGUGUGAAGGUUUGUGCCGGUCGCCAUGUGUUUGCCCAAGUUGCACUGGGCGAUCCAGGUUGUAUUGACUCGCUUGUGUGUGUUUUGGCAGUUCUGGGCAUGAUAAAGGCAACUACCGUGUAGUUAAAAGCAUUAAUUCUUCUACCAAAGUUUAUUGCUAAUAGCAUCUUGCAGAUAUCAUUCAUUCAUUCCUAGUCCAUGAUUACCAUUUUCUGUGUGAAAGAAUCGGUUCGUCAAGUUGGCAUCUUUCUUCGGUGGAUCCUUCUAUUCGGAGUCGUGGACCAGUGGACCCAGGCACUCGUCGCCACGGGGGAUUAUUCGAGUGCAGGAUUAUUAUUACUUUUUUUUUAAUUUGGAGGAAGAAAUAGAAAUAUUAAAGAUUAAAGAUUUUUCUCCCUCUGCCUGCCUCCGUUUCCAUGGACUACAUGGUCGUGCUGAUUCCGUUCGGAAGGAUCGGUGACCUGAGGUACGACAUUAAAGAUGGCCGCCAAGAAGUGUAGGAGGAAGCUGGACCCCCUUGACAUCAUCAAAAUCGGGUGACGACACGGGAUUUCUCGUGAUUCCUCAAAAGUGUUCGGGAACUCAAGUGGAGGGGCAGAUCCCACUGUCUUCUCUAAAGCAAAACCCCGCGAGGUGGUGAUCGGACGACGUUUGGUUGAUUGUUAGCAGGUUGGAAGCGGUGACGUCGGCCGAUCACGUAGAGGUGGCAAUAAAAAAGGAAUGGGGGAACAAUUCGUGCUAAUUAAAAUGCGGAUUGUUCCAUUCUUUUGGCUUUUUUUUUUUACACAUUUGCCCCUCGCUACACUUCCUAUAUUAAUCUGAUAGAGGAAAGGAAGACAAGAUAAAAGGAUUUGAUUGUGAGAUUAGAGAAUAAAAGAGAAUAAAUAAGGGAAAAAAAAAGGAAAGGAAAGAGGAAGAAGGAGAAGGAAGGAAGAAGAAUGGAGGAGAAAAAAAAAAAGAAUAGAGAAAAGUAGCAAAUAGAGGAAAGAACUCUGUCUCGGGAAGGAAAAAAAGAAGGGGGGACAAGAAGAACCUAAGAGAGAUCCUUUUUUUUUUUUUCUUAUGGAGGUAAAAAAAAACCUUAAUCCUAAGGAAGGAAAAGGUUUACUGCUCUCUAGCACACUCGAUCGUUAAAGAAUAUAAUAUUUUAUUAGUAUC